UUCACAUUCCACCUAGCCAGCUGUCUGCGGAUGCCAUGGCAGAACCCAAACUGUGUAAUUGUGACAAAUACUUGAAGAUCUCCAAAGACCAAAUGAAGCAACUGAUGCAGCUCAGCGGACUCUUAACAGAAGAAGAUAAUGCAGAUUGGCUGGCAAAGUCUGAAGAGAAACAAGAGACAAACCCAGCAUCUGACACCUCAGAAUCCGACUCCCCGCAGCCAGUUUAUAAUCCAAACUGCCAGUGGCUAGAGGAGUCAGACCUCAAUGUGGAGACCCUGACACUGGCCACAGGUGCCUCCCUUCAGCUAGCAGCCAUCCCGCCUGGGGUGCUGGGCAAAGCAGACCUAUCUUACUUCUACUGUUGCACCCAGUGCGGCAAAGUGUUCUGGGAGGGCUCGCACUUUGGGCGAGUGGUCUCUCAGUUUAAGGAGGCUUUGGGCACCGCAGAGGGAAGCCAAAGCUUUUACGAGCUGAGCUGAGACGGAGGGUUCCUGACUAGGGACUGGGAAUCUCAGCUGGAUCCUGAUUCCCCGAUGAGCCACUGUGUCUUUAACAGGAAGUGGACUUUGGUUUGAUGUUAAGGGCUGGGAGUUUGGGGCAAAGGGUGCUCAUGAUACUGUAAUGGGCCACGGUAUCUACAGGCUGAUAUCAAAUGGCCUCCAAGGAGAUCAUUAAAUCUGAGAUG